UAAAAUAUAAAUAGAAUAAUUUCUCACGAUUACAUUUUCUCUACUUUUCAUGUUCGGAAAUAUUACUUUCUCGAAAACAUUGGUAUAAUAAUCUGAAACUUUGAAAUGCAUAUAUAAAUAUUUAAAAUGCAUACAGUAACAUUCAGUCUUCAAUUCAAUAUUAAUAAAAAUCACGAACUUUACUUCUACGUCUACGUAUAGGCAUCUUCCAAGAUAUUUGAAAAAGGAUGCAAAGUGCUUUCGAUACAAUGAUUUUGUCAUCACAAGUCUAUUAUAUCAUUUUCAGAAUACAUUUUAGUAACGUAGAAAGUUGGAUAACGAAUAUAUUUGCAAAAUAUAGCAUGUUCCGCUGUGGCUAAGGUUUUGAGCAGUGUUGAGUGCCUUGGUGCCUUGCACAAUGGCGCCAUCCCACUUUGACCAACUCUGACAUAUUCUCUUUCGUACAAUCCUACCUUGUACCCUCCUACCCUCAUUUCUGCGUGAAGUCUAGUUGUAUCAAGUUAUACUUAUAAAGGUUAUAAAGAAACCGAUUGACCAUUUAAAAUUAUUUUAAAAAAUUCUUGAAGAAUUAUGAAUACAAAUUAAUUGCCAGAAAACUAACCUCGACUUUAUUCUAUACACAAGAUAACGAAAUAAUGGAGGAUGCUACUACUCCAACUCCUCAGGAUCUACAAAGGAAGCUGUACUUUUUAGUAGAACAACUUCAGCACAUGGCUGGUGAACUCCCUCCAAAAUAUCAAAUGCGACUUCCUUAUGAAUUAUUAUCUGGCUUAGCUAACUCCCUGUUGAACGAUACGAUAUUUGAAAUUGUCAAAGGAUUAAUGGAAAUUCAACAUGUUACGGAGAAGCAUCUUUUUCAACAACGUCUUCAAUUAUUGAACCAACAAAAAAUUGAAAUGCAAGAAACAUUGUCGCUGAUGACAACAGAUGAGAAAAGAGUAGCAUUACAUAAAAAACACAGAGAGGAAUUAAAGCAAAUGGACAUGAAAUUAGUUUUGCAAUUAGAUCAAAAAGUAGCAGACCAACAAAGUAUUUUAGAAAAGGCUGGUGUUCCUGGAUUUUAUGUUACAAAUAAUCCUAUAGAAAUUCAAGUACAGAUGAGAUUAUGCGAUUUUAUAAUUCGUCUCAGUAAAAUGGAAGUUCCAAGUUAAUAUAAUUUGGAAAAGAUUGUACAUAAAUAAAUUACUGCUGUUUUUCUAAUCGCCAUUCUUAAAUGAAAUUUUGAGUUGUACAAUUCAUUACAACUAUUUAUUUAUAUUAGAUAAAUUGUACAAUAAGUUAGUUAUAUAGUUUUCACUUUUGUACAAAUAGUAUUCCUUUUUCCUUCUUCUAAAUAAUUGCUUAUGUUUAUACAAACAAGUUAGCGAAAAGCAUAACCGAUUUUCUUAGAGAUUCUAAUAAUCGGAACAUUAACAAUUGUAUAUUUGUAGAAAAUACACAUCUUUUUAUUAAUCAAAAAUUGUUGAUGUUACUUUUUACGAAUUAUGUACAUAUACUCUUGUUGUUUAUGUAGUAAACGGUAUUGUAAGAUACAGAACAGGAGAUUUUCUAUGUAUAAACGAUAAUCUUAUUUACAUUAUACCAUGAACGUUAAUUCCAGUUAUCAAAUGAUUACGGCAUACAUGAAAAUAAUAAAAGAUAUUGUAUUUACACUACUUUUUGUU